CUUCAGAGGACGUAGUCACAGUUGGUGGCAGUUGGCGGCUCGAGAACUCGAACGUUUCUGAUAAGAUUAUAAAAAAACGACUGAAAUACGUCACACUCCUGUUGUCAGAAGAGCAGGAGUCUCGCUAAGCCCUUGGACACGUUGACAUCUUGUGACAGUGAUAUUUAUAAAAAAAUAUAGAAUCUAUCGGACGGAGAUUUUUUUACCAGUGAGACCAGGAGUUUCAAAUUUUUUUCAAAAUCAUUUCGGAAAUUUGAAGCUGCAAAAAUGGUGGCCAAUCUGACUCUCCCGAUAGGCUCGCGCUGCAUAAAGUACCUUAUGUUCAUCUUUAAUCUAUUAUUUGUGAUCACUGGGAUUAUUCUCCUGUCAAUUGGCGCGACGAUCCACGCAGUUUACAGUGACUAUCAGCACUUCCUGGACAACAAGUUCCUGUCAGUACCCUCUUUAUUAAUCGCUGUUGGCUCCAUUAUAUUUUUCAUUGCCUUCUUUGGCUGUUGCGGGGCUGUCAGAGAGAACUACUGCAUGGUCGUAACGUUCGCUUCGUUAAUGGUUUUUGUCUUCAUUCUGGAACUGUCGGCUGGAAUUUCCGGCUACGUACUCAGGAACGAUGCUGCUGACUUAAUUCAAGAUAAAAUGUUGGCGACGAUGAAGAAUUACGGAAAUGAAAGCGACGAAAUUACACUAGUGUGGGACAACCUACAGAAAGACUUCCAGUGUUGCGGGACGACAGGUCCAAAUGACUGGAAAACUAUGGCUAACAUGACGGGAUUACCCUUGAGCUGUUGUAAAUCACUCCCUGGAGAAAUCGGAAACAAAACUUGCGGAAUAGAGGAUAAGAAGACAUUGUAUACAGCAGGAUGUCUUACGUCUUUUGGGGGAUUCAUCAAGGGUCACGCUGUGCAACUCGGUGGAGCUGGUCUAGGCAUCGCAUUUGUUCAGUUGACUGGGGUGAUGAUAAUAUCCGUAGGCACGACGAUUUACGCUGUUUAUGAGGACUUCCGACACUUCCUGGAUCCGAGUUACUUCUCACCUGCAACACUACUCAUUGUUGUUGGCGCCUUAGUCUUUUUCAUCGCAUUUUUUGGAUGUUGCGGAGCGAUCAAGGAGAGCACGUGCAUGGUCCUAGUCUUUGCAGUGUCACUCUCGAUAGUACUUAUUCUGGAGGUAGCAGCUGCGAUUUCCGCUUACGCACUGCAAGAUGGUAUCAAAGACGCCCUCGCUGACAGAAUGAAUGCAACAAUGCAGAAAUAUGGGCAUAACACCGAGGCGACAGCAGCCGUUGAUUUUAUGCAGUCGAGGUUGAGAUGCUGUGGAGUUUAUGGUAUAGAAGAUUGGCAGCCGAACACUAUCCCAGAAUCCUGCUGCGCCUACUGGUCGAGAGCCCCUGAUAGCGACCAGACGGAAUGCAGUGGAAUUUAUCGAGAUGGCUGCAUUGGGAAUAUGAUGUUGAUUGUCGAGAGAAGUGCACUCAAUCUGGGAACCGGAGCCAUUGCAAUCGCAUUAAUUCAGUUCACUGGCAUAAUGUUCGCCUGCACCCUGGGCCGAGCAAUUCGUCGUCAGAAAACUGAGCGUGAGCGAAGAAAGUGGGAAUUACGACAAAGUUUAGUGGACGGUUACCAACCUCUGGGUAAAACUGAUCCUUUCGUCACAUUUCCUGUGGUGUACAUGCAGCCUUCAGAACCUCUGAAGACCUCCUCCGUGAGUUAAGGGCAAUAUCGUGAUUAUUGUUCCGUUGAAGUGGGAAUCACAGAGUUUCUUUGAACUCCUUCAUUCGCGAUAUACGAAGAUAAUGGCAGUGUUGAUAAAUAUAUCGGGCUUCGCCACUUCAGUGGAUUCUCCCAGACCCCCAAAUUUCCGAAUUUCGAAGCCAAAAGUAUGAUAAUCAAGUACUUAAUUGAAUAAAUUUUCCCAAUCUAAUAUAAUAUGUAAUAGGAACCAAAAUGAAUGUGCCUAUAAUCGUUGUUAAGCAUGAUAAUUAAAUUAUACAAAUUUGUCAAUACAGAUGAUAAACUGUUACUUGUUAAUGAAAUCAAAGUAUUGUAUUUUUAUGUUUUUCAAUAAAUUGAUAUAUUGUUAACAUAA